AGCAAGCGCGCGCGCAUUUAUUAACAUAGAUUCUAGAGCUAAAUAAAAAUGGCGGACCCGAAGUACGCAAACCUUCCUGGAAUCGACACCCAGCCUGAUGUUUAUGAGACGAAUGACUUGGCAGAAGAUGAUCAGCAACGCGAAUUGGCGGAACUGAGCAGUGAAUCUGUUGAGAAGCUGUCCAUCAAUACUAAAGAAGCAUUCAACAAAUUCCAGGACAAGAUGCUUCUUUCAGGACAAGUUGAUUUUUCAGAUCGAAUCAGCCAGGCAAGGCGUACUGGGUAUGUUGCCCCUAAGAAGGAAUAUGAAAUCUUAGAAGAUGGCUAUCAGGACAAGGAAACUCCAGUUCAGAGAUUUCAGAGAUUACAACAUGAGAUCAGAGACCUAGGACAGGAGGUAGACAAACUACAGAAAACUGCCAAGGAAGAGUCUUCAGGUGUAGGGGUAUCACCAGCCACUUUGAUGCAAGAUAUCAGCGUACUACAGCAACAGCUCUAUGGACUUCAUCUGGAGAAAAUCCUGGGGAAUGAGUCUGUAAUAGAAGCUGCUGAUCCUCAGGGCUCACUUCCAAAGAAACUCUUCAAUCAGCUGGAUGCUUUCAAGAAAGAAGCCGGCCAACCUUCGACCCCUCCCAAGAAGGGAACUCAGGAGACCAAAGACGGCCAUGUGACCUACGAACUCUACUACAGACCAGAACAAAACAAGUUCACUCAAGUGUCAAAGGGAGCCGAGUUGGAGCAGAGGCUGAAUGGACUUGAGGCUAUGCUUGGUCAGGAUCCACAAAAGCUUGCUUCAUUGACAGCAGAUUCCAGUUCAAAGAGUCUAAUGGAAUCGGUCAGUCAGCUUCAAGCCAGGGUAGCCAUCUUGGACGUUGGUCAAGUAGACCACAUCGAGGCCAGGAUCCAGGGUCUACUUCAGAGGCUAGACCAGGUCUCGGAGAAGAAGUCCGCUGUGGAAGAUGCAGGCAAGGAUAGCAAGAUAUCUGCACUGUAUGAAAUGGUUCAGAAGUGGGAUAGCAUAGCAGACACCUUACCUAAGGUAGUAGACAGACUACAAGCACUCAAAGAUCUACAUGAACAAGCAUUACAGUUCAGCCAAGCUCUUAGUCAGUUAGAUAUUGCCCAGCAGCAACUCACAUCCAGUAUGGGAAGCCAAGAUACUCUACUCAAACAGCUGAAAGAGUCCUUUGCAGCCAACCUAGCCUCCAUCCAGGCCAAUUGUGAAUCAUUAGAAAGCAGGAUGAAAGGUGUCAAGAAAUAGAAUAAUAGUGAUAACAGAGCUGUAGUAGGAACACAAUCCCAACAUAACUUCCGCCCCCAUAUGAUGCAUUCCCAAAUCACCCCCCCCCCCCAACCCCUCCCCUAAAAAAAUAUUUAAAAAUAAUGAUAAUUUGCUGGAGUGGUAUUUUCUGCCCAAACCAAAUCAGGAUGCUGAAUUCACAAAGGAUGUUUAUUUUAAUCCAUGAUGAUGAUGAUGAAGUUGUGUCCAAUGGUCAAUACAAAACGUUAAUGAUCGUACGCUUUGUAAAGCUAAUUUUUGUCCACAGUGGAGCAUGGUUUAAACCAAGGUUUUAGUAAGCUUCCUUUGUGAUUUUGGGCCAUAAAUGAAUGCUAGAAAGCAGUUAGCAUUUUAAUACAGAACUGGAAAGGUACAGUAAGAUAUCUAAAUUUUGAGCAGGAGUAUUAAAGAUACAAAAACUUUGUAAAUGUACAUUGCUAUUACAGCUUGCCAUGUUGUAGAUCCAAUGUAGAACGCAUAUUUCAGGCCCUGAAGUAGCUGUCUGAAGUAAUUGUGGGCACCUGGAUGGAAUGCUCCCCAGGGAGUGGAGAUUGUGCUCACGGUGUGCAUGGGUAUAAUGCCUGAAUCUUAUGACCAGGAGAAUAUUAUCUGUAGAGCUUGUAGAAACAUUGUUGAUUAAUCAAUUGUGAUAUGAAUCCAGAAUCUCAUCAUUAAAUUGGUUAUUAAUGUACAUUUGAACUCGAUCUUGGUAUUGAGUGCCUACAGUAAGCUCUGUAUAUAAAACAAGUGUAUUAUUGUAUAGUAGCAUAGCAUAGUCUUAUUUAUAAUUUUAUUUCAUGUACAGAUUCUAAAAAAGUAAAUACAUUUCUUCUGUCUGAAUUGGCUUAUCUACUUGAUUUUCCAUUAUUCAAAAUGGAUUUUUGUUGCUUUUUUAAUUUUUUUUUUAUUGGUCCCAUUGGAGUAAAAGAAAAAUAUGAGUACAAUGGGACCUUGAUAUAAUAUAAGAAAGCUCUUUUGAAGAAGAGGAAAUUACUGUUACAUUAAAAUAUCAUUGUAGUACAGAGAAGUUUGAUCACCAACAUUCUGUAUUGUGUUUCUAAUGAGGUUCCAUUGUAGAGGGGAUUCGUUACUCUUGAAUUCUUCAUGGAUUCUGCACUAUUUCGAUGUUGGACAUAUUCUGUGUAAUAGAUAAGGUGGGAAAACGGUACAUUUGAUUCUAUAACGAAAAAGUUAAACUGCUUUCUGUGGUUUUAGAUGCCAUUGGUGCAUGUAGAGGCGUCAUGAUAUAGUGGAUACGUCGUCGGACCGUGGAUCCUAGGGGUUAAGUCCUGCAGCAGCACUAAUGUCCUUUGGCAAGACAUUUGUCACUCUCAACCAAAGUUUAAAAUUGGAACCAGUGGGAAGUAGGAAGGAUCUCCUUGAAUGCUGUGAGCACUGAAAAUUACCCUAGCAGGCAGAGCCUGCGUAGUAUUGGAGGGACUUUACCACCUUGUGUGGUGGAUAUGUGCGCUCUAUGAAUAUUGAAUAUUAUUAUUUUUGCUGUUCAGAGGAUUACUCUGUAAAGCAUAGGAACAACAAGAUGGACAUGUAUAAAUCAUGGAGUUAUAUGAGCCAAUUAUUAAUAGCUUCAUUUUUGAAUUUUACUGUAAGUGCAAUUUUCCUCUUUUUAAAUUCUUCUUUUGCUUCCUAUGAUGCGCUGCAACAUUAAAUAGAUUUGUAAAAUGUAGUGGCAUAUAACAAUGCAUAUUUCUAAUAGACGGAAUACAUAGGGCCUUGUGACACAAAGGUUUUGUAUUCAAUUGCAAAAUGGCCCUGGCUUAUCGAGAUCAUUGUUGCAUGCACAUAUUGUUAAAAAGGCUGACCAUUACUAAUCAAUCUCAAUUGUCGUUUUAUAUUUGCAAUUGAUCACAAACCUUCGAAUAUGGGGCCCUUGUAACUGAAUAUCCUGUUAUCCUGUCUGAGAUUUUUGAAACGGGGGCUUAUGAUUUAUUCUACUAAAAUGUGUACCCCAAAAUCCAUAUUUUAGGCCUCCACAAAUUUUGCCAAGUUGUAAUGUUUAAAAUACACAUGUAUAUAGAAUCUACCUAUAAAGAUCAUCAUCCUUGACAGGUCUUUUAUUUAUAGGUUUGCUCAGAGAAAGAGUUCUGGAUAUAUUGACCAUUCCUAUCUGACAUGUAAGAUGGAACAUUCAUGCUAAAAAGCUGAACAUUUGUUAAGUUCAUAAAAAAAAAAGAUAUUGUUGAUUGUUAUUGUGAAGAAAUCAUGUCUGUCAAAUGUCAAUGAUAAGAAAUAUUAAAAGAUUAAUCAAAAUUUGUGCAAACAGAA